AUGGCCCGGCUUAACGAGUCGCCUGGACCCGGCCCUCAGUCGGCAAACAAACAUCAGAUUACCCUAAAGAACGGCGCCUUUGGCAACUUCCUGUCGUCCCCCGCUAAACCCUCCGGUUCGCAAUCCCCGCUCCCGAACAAGCGCAUCAAGAGCCUCACGGCCACCGGCAGCCCGCGAUCCGACGCCUCGCGCUCCCACUCGCCUCCUGCCCAACGCCUGUCUUCCCAGAUCCCUCUCACCUCCCCCACGCGCAAGACUCUUAGCGAUACCGCUGCCGACGAUAUGGAUACCGCAGACCGCAGCACCCCCGCCGACGUUGUUACACCCGCCGUUGUUGCCGAGUCUACACCCGCUGAGUCUACACCUGCUGAGUCCAUACCUACGCCUACAGCCGUCGCUGCCGAUAUUGAGGUUUCUCCCGCCGCGGAAGUCAACGCGGCUACUCCUGAGCCCGUAAUCCCCCGACCUGGUAUGGUGUCGUCUGUCAGGAAGACACUCUCGAGCGUAGUUAACAAUUUCACUGGAGUGCGCAACGGUACUGCCACUGUCACGUCAACAUUUGAGCAGACAAUCGUUAGCCGCAAGCGCAGCAGAGAACCCGAGGCCGAGGCGACCCCCGCUCCUGUAGAGAAAGAAGCCGAAGAGGAAGCGGAGGCCGCAAACGUCACCGCCGAUAUCAACGACACCACCAUCCAGCUUGGCAACCAGAUCGAGGAAGAUGUCGCAGCAGAACGAGCCAAGAGCCCUGUGAAGGAGGAUGUUGAAGUCGCCGCACCGCCUGCUACCCAAGCUGCCCCGGAAGUUCCAGCAGUUCCAGCAAUCCCAGCAGCUCCGGCCCCUCCGGCCGCAGAAGAGAGUGAAAUCAAUGUCACCACUACCGCUAACAAUACCGACAAGACAGACAAUUCUGACAAUGCGGAUACUAUUGAGGCUGCAGAGACUACCAAGCCUGCUGCUGCCACCUCAGCCGCCGCCGCCGCCGCCGAAGACAAGGAUGUGGAUAUGGAAAACGAUGCCAAGAAUGGCUUGUUUGUAUUUGACGGUAUCAUCACUCACCGUCGCGAUCCCAAGGACAAGACACUUUUCCAACUGCAGGUCCGCUGGAAGCAUGAUGAGCCUACCUGGGAGCCUGAGUCGAACAUCCAUGAGGACGCGGAGGAAGCUCUGUUCGCCUACUGGGACAGUGUCAGGGGCGGCCGUUUAGGCGCCAUGGCCGACAAGGAGCUUUGGCACGCGCUGAGGGUUGAGAAGCACAAGCAAAAGCCCAACGGAAAGGUCGAGCUGUAUGUCUGCUGGACUGGAUCGCGGGAGCGGUCUUGGGAACCCGAGGAGAACAUGCUUCAGGUCGCUCGGCCGUUGGUCGAGGACUACUGGGCUUCCAGAGGCGGACGUGAAAAGCUUGUCAAGGCUGUUGCCGCGCCUGUGAAGAAGCCCCGCGGUCGCCCCCGCAAGGCCUCGGAGCCUGAUGAAGCCCUGAAGGAGCCCGCUCAAAAGAAGGCCAGGCAGGGCCGCAAGAGGCUCUUGGAUGAUGCGGUUGUGGGAGAUGACCAGGCGGAGAAGUCCGUAGAGGAACAGGCACAGGUUGAUGGAGAAGGCGUGAAGAAGCGCGGGCGCGGUCGUCCCCGCAGGAGCCCCGUUUCAUAA